GCUGAACAUCCGUCGUUUAUUCGUCGUCUUUGCUUCCAACCAAUGAGGUUCCAGAAUCGACUUCCUUCUUUUGUGCAACACUCGCAUAGCGGAUCUUUUAUAUUUAUCACCCAGUUGAUGUGAUUCAGAUACCGAAAGUUGGCAUCUGAUUCUAUCUAUACACGUCGCAAGUAGUGGAAAGUACAAACGCGUGAAAAGUGUGCAUUGGAUUUCCAUAGACUAAACCCAGUUUUCCGCAGGUUUCGGAUUGAAGAUAAAACUAACCUGAAUGGAGGUUAUUUUGUUUUCACAAAAAUAACAUACAUUUACUCCAUAUCAGUGUACGGUGGUGAUAAUGUAAGAGUGAUAGCAGCCUGAGGAUAAUGAUUUCAUCCGCAGCUUACCGUUGAGUUGCUUUGUUACGUAGAUACGUUCAAAAAAAAAAACUGAAUCAACGCGCAGUUAUUUCGUUGUGGCGAUCCGGUUUUAGUAAUCUUGCAGCAGCCGCGUGGAACCUUCGGUUACUUAACUCGAAGAUUGACAACAAUUAUGUUCAAGCCUGGAUACAAUUGAGUGAAAGUUGUUAGCAGUGAUAUCGUAUGAUUAGCGCGUUUGGUGUUAUUCGCAUCGUCGAAUUCAGUGGUGUUUUAGCUUUUAGUUAAACAAUAAAAAUCAUAAGCAAUCAUGUCGGGCUUUUGGUCGGUUGUCAAACAAUCAACGUUGAUGCAUCUUUGCUUUGCAAUAUCAUAUUUCACAUCCGGACUGAUCAUCAACACUGUACAAUGUGUACUUUACUUUGGACUUAAACCGUUCAACAAGAGACUUUACAGGCAGAUAGGAUGGUAUCUGUGUUAUUCGUUUUACUCACAACUGGUUUUCUUGGCUGACUGGUGGUCCGGCUCUACUCUCUAUCUCUACAUAAGUGAUGAAGAUUUAAAGCAUUGUGGCAAAGAGCACGUUCUAUUGUUGAUGAACCAUACCUAUGAAAUCGACUGGUUGGUCGGAUGGGUUUUCUGUGAAAAAGUGAGAGUGCUAGGAAACUGCAAGGCGUACGCCAAAAAGGUCAUUCAGUAUAUCCCAACAAUCGGAUGGGCAUGGAAGUUUGCCGAGUUUGUUUUCUUGGAACGUUCGUUUGACAAGGAUAAGGAAAUCAUUGGCCGUCAACUUAAAGAAAUCAUGGACUAUCCCGAUCCAGUGUGGUUGCUGCUGAAUGCGGAAGGAACUCGCUUCACUGAGAAGAAGCAUGAAGCUUCCAUUAAGUUUGCUCGCGAUCGCGGGAUGGUCGAACUGAAGCAUCAUUUGAUUCCAAGGACCAAGGGCUUUACAUCCAGUUUACCGGAGUUGCGAAAUAGGAGCGUUAUUUUAGAUAUUCAACUAGGUAUCAGCAAGGAUUCUCCUGUUAAGCCUACCAUUUUCAACAUCUUAAAUGGAAAGUCAAUAGAAUCGCAUAUGCAUGUACGUCGUAUUACUUUCGAUCAAGUACCGGAAGAUGAAGAGAAAGCGGCAGAAUGGUUGCAAGAGCUAUUUCGUCAAAAGGAUAUCAUGCAAGAAAGUUUUCAUAAGCAUGGAGAUUUCUUCACUGGUUCUAAUAUCGUCCGAAAAGUUCCCAUAAAAUUGCAGCCACGAUUGCACACUCUGAUUAACAUGGUAGCCUGGAAUGUGAUCACAGUGGUUCCGAUGACGUACUAUCUAAUCCAGUUGUUGGUUAGCGGCGAAAUUAUGUACUUUUCUAUCGGAACUUCGAUUCUUGUUGCUUUUUACGGUCUUAUGGUGAGAGCGAUUGGAAUGUCGAAAAUCAGCAAAGCAUCGUCCUAUGGCUCGGAAAAGAAGAACGAACAACACAGGCAUGACAACGGAUCACCAACCAAUGAGACCACCAAAACUAAGUAGAACUUUUAGCUUAUGUACUUGAAUAUGUAGUUUGUACACCGUUGUAUAACUUAUUGGCCAGUUUGGCCCUUUGAACCCGGCCCGUAGCUUAGCUCAUCCUUUUCCAAAAACAUUAUAGUUUCUAUUUUUUGGAGCUGACUAUUUUGGCUCAAGGCAUAUAUUACAGUGUUCUAUACUUCCGGAACUGCGAAUACGCGGUCACACGAUAAGCUACCGACACCGUCAUGCCAAAUUUUUGCUAGACAGUUUAUAUUUAUCUGUUUUUAACGGAAGUAGCAAUGAUUAGCGCCAAACUGCUUAAAGCGGUGUCAUCUGGUAAGAUCAUUCUUUUUCAAAUAGCGAACGGUGAAAUUAGUAGCGGAUGUACUGUUGUUACUCAUUUAUAUCCUUGAUAUAGGUAUACACGAAUAAAGUAGGUAACGAUCGUACGGUUUAUGAACUCGAAAAACAGGAAGAAGAGCAACUAUGAGAGAAUAAUCUAUUUAUUACCAAUUUUUCGGUGAAGUAUAGUUUAUAUUGUGCAGUGUUAUCUGCACUGAAAGGUAUUGACGUAAUGGAUACAGACAAGCAGAAACGAAUAAUUCAUUGUUGUCAUUGGAUAUUCUGCCUACCAAAUCAGUAAAAAAAAACUGAGUACAAAUUUUACCACCAAAUACACCAUUUCAGUUACAAUUGUCAAACCACCACCUUUAAUAACCGACACAUGAUAUUAUUUAUUGCUUGGAUCUGUAUCUAUAGUACUUUGCCUGAAAUGAAUUACGCAGAAAAUAAAUAACAUCAGUUAUAAACAACUAUUUAAUUAGUCAUAAGAAUAAUUUUAGAAACGACUUUUGGCAAAGUGAGCAACACUAAAAACAGAAAACGAAUUCAAUUGUUUAACUGCAUAAAUUAUUACGCACAAGUUUGAUUGAAUACCAACUUGCAAUAUAUGGAAUUGUUUUAAACAAUGAGUGACUGUUCAUAAUUUCCGCACUUAUUGAAAAUUUCCGAAAACCCACAUUGUAAUGAAGGCCCCAUUAUUAUGCCACACAUAAAUUAUAGAAGUUUUAUCAUUGAAACUUUGUGUGUAAUAUGAAUGCAAGUGGUUGACUCGAAUUCGAAAAUAUUCAUCAGGACACAUGCAGAAGAUCUAUAGUGUAUGCGGUAUAAAUUCAUCAUAGCUGAUUAAUUACUUUAUGUUUACCUAAGCACGACAAUGCAUUAUGCUCAAAAAUAAGCCAUUUUCAAUAAGACGGAAAUCAGUAAUUUCGUGGACUUUUUCUCAAAAGGCAUUUAUGAUUGUAUAGACGAUAUUUUCGACGUUUGAAUUUUCGUGAAAAAAUUAUACAGAAGUUAUGUCACUUAUUGCAUUAUAUUACCUAUGUGAAUCAAAAUUAUAAACGAUACGCAAGUAGUUGCUAUUUAAUGAGCUUUUUUUUUUUCUAAAAAUCAUGAAUGCCUUGGAGAAGUUCCUCGAAUCAUUGUUAAUUAAUCGCUCUAAAAACGUGUCAAACGUGCAACCCAGAAGCCGAGCUUCCUUGUUAAUCUACUUUAUCAUUAAAUACAUUCGCUACAGUGAAUUAAAAACGUUUUCUGAAUUUUGUGAGUUUACGUGUACUUUUCAUGAUAAUUAUUUAAGGUUCUCUUACAAAAGCAGCAAGAUAAAAUCGAUUUAACAAACAGUGGUGAAAGUGCGCGCCGAGGACAGUUGGCGUAUACGGUGAAAUAAAAAAAGUUUUAAUCUGUUGAUUAGAAUCGUA